AUUUCUUUAUGAAUAAUCGAAGCGGCAGAUGCUACAAGCGAAAUCGAAAUCAUCUGUUCCAUACCUGCAUUAAUGUGUGUGGUUUAUUCGAUUAUCAGUUGUGAAGCUGCUCAAGUAAUAACCGUGAGGCCAUUGAAAUAAAUAGACAACAUCACAUAAAGUAAGUGGAGCCUGCAAGUGUGUUGAAAGUGCAUUUUUGUAUUCCGCCGUGUGUGGUGGAAGAGCGACCCCACGCCAAACCAGGAUUGCUUCUAAGUGUAUAAAAACACCCGAUAUACGAGCAUGAUGAUUUCGUCUCCGUGUUUAAAGGAUGGGCAAAAAUACUACGAACGGCUCCGCACAGAACUGCAAAAGGAAAACUGGGCUGACGUUGAUCGUAUCUUGUGCGAGCUUGAAGCGGUGUGCCACCAAAAGCCGAAUAGUGCAUUGAGUACAUGCGAUGGCAAGUUUACUACAAACCCGGAUGAGUUGAAGUUCUGGCUCAUCGAUGUGGCGCGUUUGAUGCUGGAAGUAAAGUCCGCUAGUACCAGGCGACUAGCGCUGAUGGCGCUCGAGGCUGCCGUACCACACCUCGUGAAGACGAAUUAUCAGGAACUUCCGCUAUGGGCAGAACUACGAACCACCAUAAGCCGGGACUACACUUCACUCAUAGACACGGCGCGCAGUGAAAAAGAUCCCAACUGGCACCGGAUGUGGGCUGCGCUUGUGCGCGUCAUGAACCGCGAUCUAUGCCAGGGAUCGUCGAUAAUAAACAUGUUCUUGUCGAUCGUGGAAGCGGGUUUCCGCUCACCUGAGCUCUCUAUACGCGAGCAGUCAUUCGACUGUUGGCGCUUGUUGGUGGAAGUGUUCUCGAACAACAAACAAAUGAACCUUCCGAAACGGAUGAAGCUGAUAUGCAUUCCGCUUAAGAGCUCCAAGUCUAAAACGGAAAUAAUCGCACUGAAAAAGUUUGACAUCUGGUGGUACCUGUUGAAUGAGCUGAGGCCCCAUCUGGACGGAUUGGCAGACACCAUAUUCGAGCCAUUCAUUUACUUUUGCUUUGGGCCUGUAUUUAAGCCUCCGCUAAGCUACUACUUUGAUGACUCGUUUCAGGAGUAUGGCGCACCGGGAAAAAUAUAUCAAGCAAUUAAGCAAUUGUCUGCCGUUGCCUUAAUCCAUCUGCUUGGCCCGGCCCCAGAAGUAACGAAAACGUUGCUAAUUUCUAGUGAAGCUGGAGGCGAUAGAACAUUGCCGUUUAAUUUUCCGAACCAUGAAAUGGUCAUCUCUCCGGUGCUUUUUUCCACCAAAGCCAAAUUGCUCAUCGAUGCUUGCAUUGAGUGCACCGUACUCUUUGCACAGAUGAAACAUCUCAACUACAUCGAGCUCAAUCGUUGCCUUUGGUGUAACUUAAUGGAUCGAAUCAAUUGUGAAAAAACGGUAUCGAAAAACGAACUACUGCAGCGUAUCAAAGAUGUCAUCAAUGCUCUUUUGAGACUGUGUAUAAAGCAGGAAAAUGAAAUUCCUCUUCGUGAGCUGUUGUAUGACACGCUUCUGAUAAUUGCAAAGAGUGAACUGCUUACGGUCAAUAUUGGGUACGAUUCUCCAGAGCAACCGAUGCUUAACUACAAAGCUUUCAUGUCCGCCGUACUGAAUGCGGACCUUCCGUGUCCAGCCAACAAAUCGGACGAAAUUGUUAAGCAUGUAUUUGAUUUGCAAAAGUACAGGCAGCAGAAAGGGUACUGGGAAAUUUUGCAGAAAACGGUUCAGUAUCUUUGCGAAACCAAUGAAGAUAACGGUAGUAUCAGUGAGUUCCGUACGAUUCGCACUCAAAUCUAUUGCCACCUGGCCAGCCAUUUGAUCGUUCAAAUACGAGAUGAUCCUGCCGGCUUCGAAGAGCAUCAGUCGACCGUUAUGAGCUUCUUAUUGUACCCCCUGGAGUACGAUCAGUUGGUGGUGAUCGAGAGCGUCCGAAGUCUAUGGAAUGAGGUAUACGAACCGAUAGCUCUGCGGGAAAAGACAUCUAGCGAGUUCACCAAUACCUUCUGUGAAAUGAUUAAAGCCAUGACCAUUGCCAAAUUUGCAUUCAACCUUGGCGUGGUGGCGGAUUUUUUCUGCACCGUUCUUCGCUCGCUGUCGGUAGAGUUCGAUCCCAGCAAACCGCCGAUGAAGGUGUUUGAGUUGUUCAAAGAUCUGACGCGCAAAGCUCAAGCCUACCAGGCUAAUUUGAACCGCGUGGAGAAAAUGAUUCGUUCCUUCCGAGAGGUCCUUUCACUCUUGAGCGUCACGAACAUGCUGACGUUGAUCCUGCCGAUUAGGAAUGCGAUCAACGAAAUGGUCUCAAACGAGAAUAGUCUCGCAAUGGAAGAGGUAAAGCUAUCGCUUUUCAUAGUAUCAACCAAACUGGUUACAGCGGGCAUGUCGGGCGAACUAAAAAAUGAGCCAAAAGAAGUGCGAUGGAACUGCAAAGUGCUUCUGAGCAUGUUGCUCGAGUUGCCCGCGGACGUGAAGUUGGGAUGGAAGCAGAACGAUAUGAAAAAAUGCGUGUCUCUGUUGGGUGGCAAGGAAGCGAAAACACCUACUCGAAAAAAGACGGCUGAUGAAUUUGUGGUCAUCGAGUCAAAUUGGCAGUUCAAACCGGAAGUGCUGACUGAGCACCAGAGGGAAAAAAUGUUGGAGAAACGCACGGAUAUUCCUGCGUUGUACAACGACAUGAGCCAGUCCCAGGACAGCUUCGUCAUUAAACCAUGGACGCCCAAUAAAAAACAUGAACCGGUUCGAACUGCUGAACGGCUUACCACAGAAGUAGUUUCCUCGUCGGUCGAUACCAUCCCGAUGACACAACAAGUAGCGCAGUUUAGGCCAGAGCAACAGAUGACCGAAAUAGUUGUCCCGGACAGUGAACCAGUCGGAUCGACGUCGAUGAUGGAAGUUGAAUCAAAAACAAAUUUGGCUCGAUCAGACAAAGAAAACAAUGCCGGAAACGUUUUGCACGACGAACAGUCUCCGUUCACGGCGAUCAAGGAAGAGGCUGGUGAUUCGGAAACGGACGGAUCUGAACGUAACACCGAUACGCAACAAAAGCAGACGAAAAAAUCGAAACGUUCUAUCUUAGAGCAGCUGCGCAUUGACACCGUCGAGGGCAAAACGCUGGACGUAAUGAAUCUGUCACGAACGCGGCGUACGGAAGCACCAGAAUUGCGCUCCACUCGGCGUAAGAGUGUCCCAGAGCGAAGGGUCGAGAGUGAACGGAAAUCACGCACCGCCGAGACAAAGUUGGUUGAGAAAAGUAUUUCCGCUGCAAAAGACGCCAAGAAGAACCAUCAACAACCAAAGGACGUGCGAAGCUCGAGAAAAUUGCUCAACUUUGAAAAUAUUGACGCUGUCGAUCAGAACGGAUCGGUAGGAAAUACAUCUGAUGAUGUUAUUGAAUCAUCCCAAACUCCCGCUCCGGCUCAAUCUUUGGUUGGCAAAAAGAUGCUUCUGCGUAGAUCCAGAUUAGAUUCGGAACCGGCAGAUAACUCUCGACCAAACCCGGCGGACAUCGCAACGGAAGCUCCUGUUCCUAUGAAAGGCAAUACAGACACAGAAAAUAUCACCGCCCAGAGUGAACCAGUGACAACAACGGAACCAAACAAUGUCACGCAAGUACAGCCCGUAUGUGAGCAAAUGGAAGUGGAUUCUCCCUUGGAAGAUAAUGCGGGAAUUAUGGAAGCUUCGGAAAACCAACUCGGUAAAGCAGAACAGCAAACGGUUGAUACUAACGCGGAAGAGGAAACGGUAGAAAUUUUGGAAAACAAACAAACACGCACCGAUAGUGCUAGUGUUGAAAAUGUCCCGGACCAAAAGAAAGAACCGACCAUAACGCCGCUUUCGCCUUGCAGACGAUCCGUCCGUCGUGCGAGUACGGAUGAGAAGGUCAUCGAUUCACCAGCGAACGUUUGCUUGGAUGCACCCAAAAGUCCCAAAGAUAAAAAGAACAGCGAUGCAGUGGAGAAGGGAACGCCGUCCAAAAUGAAAAUUACCUGCCGAGACUUCCCGGUAAGGGUAGCCUUGCAGUUACUUAACUCGCCCAAAAAAAAUCUAGAAGAUGAGAUGGGGCAUACUAUUGCCGAAAAUUGUACGGGAUUGAGUAGCCCGAAAGUGGCUCGAUACAGUCCACUCGUGGUUUUGGAACCGAUUAAAGAUUAUUCCGCCGUCGUGAAGGCUGGUGAUGUCGCUGAAACUAUUGCGGAUAAAACUGUGGGGAACUCCGAGCAAGUCAAUUCGAAAGGCACCGGAGUGGAUAGCACCGUGGAGAACAAUAGGGACGGUCAGACGACGGAAUCAGUUGAUCCGCUGUCGCCGGUAAAAAACUUGGACGAAGAGAUGGAGCCGCUGAACAAAUCGUUAAAUCGCAGCAUAGUUUCCUCGCCCGAUCUUGCUGACACCGAAGAACGCAAUGCCGAUUUGAUGAAUAGUACGCUGAAUAUAUCUCCGAUUGCGGAUCACAAGGAGGAAUGUGUGGCGAAGGGUACUGAUGAUGGUAGCGUACUUGCCGGCAGUGCCGAUAGACGGUUAUCGAGCAGGGUGUUGGGAAAGGAACGCGAGUCGAGUGUGACCUUCACCCCGAUACCGAUGUCUACAAUGUCCCGACGCAAUAGGCCGAGCCCUUCGCCGCAGCUGUUGCUUGGUCCUGGACAAACAGGAAAUGCAAGUGGAAUGAAGGUUCCCCUCAGAUCGCAACAGAACCAGGGAUCGUCGGCAUCCGUUCUAGGAACACCACGCAGUCCGAGUACGCACAUGAUCAACCUUGGUGGCCGUGGAGCACAGCUGAUCAACUUGAUUCGCCAAUCACCCAAUCCGAACACACCGCCACAGAACGCUUCAACACCAAAGGGAGGAGGUCAAUCGGUCGCCUCCGCCAAUCGUCUGAUGAUGCGCAAGAAAGCCAUCGAGGCAAGUGCCUCGGCCUCGGCUGCCGUUGAAGGCAAUGCCGCUGCUCCAUCGUCUGCCUCCAAGCAGGGUGAAGAGAAUUGUGACACAUCGCAGUAUCUUGUGUUCUCGAAAGUGUUGCCUUCACCGCAGGCAUCCCCUGCAAUCAGCAUUCUCAAGCGCCGACACAAUGUAGACGACAGUGGCGACGAUAUCGAAUCACCGAUAAACAAACGGAAGCGAGUCAGCUUUCACGACCCUCCGGUGUCGGCAACGAAGGAAUAUAUCCGACAGGCGGAAGAGUGCCGAUCGCCAUCCAUCAGCCGAUGCUUGCAGCUUGCCACCAGCAUGUCGUCGGCGGACAAAGCGAAAUACAUGAUGCGCCGGCGAGGCAAAUCGGACAGCAUAUCCGAGUUGAAAAGCUAUACCAACAAACAAGACGAUCUCCAGUCGGGCGAGACUUCAGCGACGAACGUCGUAAGUACGGACGAACGUGGUCCUUCGACCGAUGCUAACGCCGAGGAAGACGAUGAAGAGUUGACAUCAUCCCCCGAAUCGUUGGACGAGAAUCAAUUUAUGAUCCACGAUGCUACUGCAAACAUGGACCCAUUGCAAGUGACAGUGGAGUUAAUGGACGUCGGUAAGAGUUCAGAAGAACACAAAUCAAGCGCUUCGGCAAGCGAGGGCUGUUCUGUCCAACCGAUAGCGGCGUCCCCCGAGAAAUCGUCUGAAAAUGAGCUAUUGACCAGUGGACUGCGGUUCCCUUCGGAAGAAGCUGUCCUGGAGCAUGUUCUGCGUCGUUACGCGCUAGGGGACAUCGUUGAGCGAUAUCUUGCUGCAGGGCGAACAUUGGAGCAUGGCAAAACGACGAUACGCGUGCUGACCAAAGAACUAUCAUCGGUGAUGUCCAAGGACCCAAAGACUCGCCACCUGGUGCUGGACGAGUUGUCGGAGCGUCAUUCGGUGGAAUUUUUGGAGCAUGCUAUUCAAGAAAACUCCAGCACCAUGGUUUGCGAACGCCUAUCCCUCACCGCAAUGACUGAUCACAUCUUCAAGCAACUGCGCAGCGGUUGUUGCGUUUCCGGUGCUGCAGCCAGCACCAGUAGCCCAUCCACCCACCCGGACGAAAAAGAUAACGACGGUCUACAGCUGGUUCAGCGAAUCUACGAGAAGUUGCACGAUCUACCAGUCGACAUGGAAUCAAACGGUCAGACGUUGGCAAUGCUUCGUGAACGGUUUUUAAAAGAGGAAUUAGCGCGCAAAACUCGUUUGGAAAUGAUGGCUUUGCUAGAGGACUACUUUAAAGCAAGCGAUCGGUAAUUUCUAAAUUUUGAGUUCAUUCUUAGUGCAGCGGAAAUGGACAAUUUUAUUUAUGGGACCCAAUCCAAUACAAUCUUUUUCUUGAGUUUAUGAUUUAAAUUUUCAUCUCGCUGAUUCAAAAUAAUUAUAGUAAUAACUUAACUAGUUCAGUAAGCUUCAAAUCAUGCCAUCGAAAAAAGAAACAAAUUCCGGAGGCAUUAUAAUAUUGAUUAUUUUGCUAACAUAUGGAUUGACGCAUAAACUACUGCUUACCUAUCUCUUUUUUACCCUGCUAGUUUACCAUCCGUGUUUUCCUUCUAUGACAAUUUUUUGUACAAAUUUAUGUUAAAUUCCUUCGAAGUCCAUCGAUUGAUGAGGUAUAUGUAGAGUUAGCGAGGCACCAUUGUAUUUGUAAUGAAAAUCAUUUUGACAUGAAAUAUAAAAUAACAUUCUUAACCUUACCCAAUAG